AUGUCAUUGGUCCUCCCUACUACUGCUCCAUUAUCGCCCACAGCAACUAUCAAAGUCGUUCGCAGGACGUUCCACCUUUUAAGCAAUGACGAACGGAAUGGCUCUGUAGGUCAUGAAAAUAAAUCGGAACACGUGUGGAAUGUGACGACUGUGAGAGCUUACCAAGCUGAUGUGUUCAAGGAAGUAACCUUCACCGUUGUUCUUGAUCACUUGGAGCCGCAUUCCAACGACUCGUCCGAUAAUGAUGCAGUGAAGCCUUAUGAGUCGAGCAAAAUCGACUUACAGGAUGCUACGGCCGUCGAUACGGUUGGCUUCCAGAUUGGUGGAGCGAAGAGUCUCGGCACAAUCAAGAUCCGACAGCAGAAUGGAGAGAUCACGGCACUUCGUAUCAUCGCGUCAACAGUUACAGAUGCUCAAGCGACAAGAGCGUGGGAGGCCCCUGAUGAUUUGUUGAGUUUCAAGGCCAAAAUGGAAAACACAACGGCUUUGACAAAUGAUGCGGAGUUCUGGAGGGGAAUCACUCAGAAGCCCACUAUGUUAAACACACAUGGAUUUGCCUCAAACCACUCCGAAUAUAUCUUGGACCCCAAUUCCGUUCGGAGUCUCGAGACUCUCCUGGGGAAGUCACAGCACCCCCCGCACUACAUCAUUGACAUUUCGGUGGAACAGCUUAAUGUACCUUCAGAUGGCCCUGUCUGCCAGGAAGCGAACAGCGUCUCGCAAAAGGCGUGGAAUAACCUCGAAUGGCUUCUCAGGAGAUUCGGAUAUGCUACUUGUACUGUCCCGAUGCUCGGACGAGCUUCGUGGGACCCGACACAUCCUAACACAGUACUCGUAGAGUACUGUACCCUCGAUCCUUUUCACCGGAUUUGUCUGAUAACAACGGAGGACCGCGCGUUAUGGGGUGACUACUUUGGCGCAGAUGUGAUAGCGAGAUCACAUAGUAUGGAAUGCAUGAGAGGUGCUGCUGAUGGUCUGAUGAAGCUCAGAGCCGUUGUCCUGACGUGGUAUUUCCUCCCUUCUGGUGCCAUCGCCCCAUCGACGUCCUCAACGUCGAUGACCUCGUUGACUUUCGUUUUGGCUUUCAACAUCCGAAAAACGGCCUCUGGCCUUUGGGGUUAG